AUGUCAAAUCAAAAUAUCUCUACUUUUCUUACAUUACCAGUAGAGCUUGUCUAUCGAAUUUUGGACCAUCAAUUGGAUUUUACAAUUCUAUGCUCAAUGAGAAAUGUAUGCCAACGAUUCAAUAACAUCGUAGAUAGUUAUGAUCGAUAUCAGACACUCACUACAUUAGAUCUCGAAUCUAGUGAAAUUAGAGAUAUCGGGGCACAACAUUUGAGCAAUGUACUACGAUACAACACCACGCUCACCACCCUGAGUCUCGCAAGGAAUGCAAUCAGAGAUGUUGGAGCACAAUAUUUGGCUGAUGGAUUACAACACAACAAAACACUCACCACACUGAAUCUUGGAUGUAAUCAAAUCGGACAUGUUGGAGCACAAUAUCUUAAUGAUGCACUACGACACAACACCACACUCACCACACUAGAUCUUACACGAAAUGAAAUCAGAGAUGUUGGAGCACAAUAUUUGAGUGAUGGAUUACGACACAACACAACACUCACUACACUGAAUCUCGGAAGUAAUGAAAUCGGAUAUGUUGGAACACAACAUCUUAGUAAUGCAUUACAACAGAACUCCAGACUCACUACACUAAACCUCGGAGGUAAUCAAAUUGGACAUAUUGGAGCACAAUAUUUGAGUAAUGCAUUAAAGAACAACACGACACUUACCACAUUAAAUCUUGGAUGUAAUCAAAUCGGAGAUGUUGGAGCACAACAUAUUAGUGAUGCAUUACGACACAACACGGUAGUUCUCAAUUAA